UAGGUUGUCGAGUGAGGUGCGCUUCAGUCGCUCUCCAGGCGCGCUUGACUACACGCGCGCGUAUACGCCGGGUGCCACUCCGUCCCUUCGCGCGCCAACGGAUACAGAAAAAAAGAAACUAAUAUCGUGUGACAGCCGGGAUAAGUUACCCGGAACUCCAUUUAAGAAAAUGAAUCCAGUCCGCGUGACUGGCCUUGUUUUAUUUUUAAUGUAGUCAAUAAAAAAUUACAUAUAAAAAGAGGGAAGCUUCGACUGUCUCGUCAUUUAAAACAGGAAAAUGUGCCGAGAUAUUAUGGCGUUCUUCGAGGAUAAAAUGCUCGGUCGCUGACUGUCGUUAACAGAUGCGUUUUCCGACCCAGAUAAGUUCGAGUGCAUGUGCUUCUUACUGACCUGUGAGCCGAGGGGGGCUAAUGAAACGCCUACGCCGCCCAGGUGCUGGACUUGAUAAAAAGAGUGCAAAGACUGUUGAUCACUUGCGAGGACCAUGCUUGGUACUACUGUCUCGGCUAAGCCAAAGAUGGGAAACGGCGUCACUUGGCGUUGGCGCAGAUGGCGAUGGUGGUGGGUGGUGGCCUCCUGGCUUCUGACGGAGCCCCUGGAACCAGCCUCGGCGGAGCAGAGCUUCGCCAACCAGCCCUCGCCCCAAACGGCCGUCAUCGGGUCAACGGUCGUUCUGCCCUGCAGAGUCAUCAACAAAGUAGGGGAGCUGCAGUGGACUCGGGACGACUUCGGGCUGGGCAACGAGCGGGAGCUCUACGCCUUCAAGAGAUACCAGAUGAUCGGCUCCGACGAAGAAGGAGACUUCAGCCUUCGCAUCAGCCCCGUGACGCUGGAGGACGAGGCUUACUUCCAGUGCCAAGUAACAGGUUGGAAGGGCGUCCCCGGAGUGAGAUCCCAGACGGCAAAGCUGACCGUCUACGUGCCCCCAGAGGCGCCUACAAUCACUCAAGGGCCUCUUGUUACGACGACCUCGGGUGCCAAGGUCCAGCUCGAGUGCAUCUCAAAGGGAGGCAAGCCGGCAGCAGAGAUCCAGUGGCUUGACGGAUCGGCCCGUGUCGUGAGCGAGGGCGUCAGGUACACGGAGGAGCUGAUGAAAGACGGACACCGGAGCAACGCCAAAUCCACCCUGAACUUCGUGGCCAACAGACAGCACCAUAAUUCGGUUUUCACCUGCACUGCAUCCAAUCCCGCCCUCCAUCACGCUUUCUCAAAGCAGGUACGACUAGAGGUGAAGUACGCCCCGGAGGUCAUGAUCAAGCACGACCAAGACGGAUACAGAGAAGGGGAAACCGCCGUUCUCACCUGCUCGGCCAACGCUAAUCCCAACGUCCUAACAUACAGGUGGUACCGGGCUGGCCAGAUCAUCACAGGAAGCAAUUCUACCAAGCUGGUGGUGCCGGAUGUCACCAGGGAUAGCAACACGGAAGACAUCACGUGUGAGGUCUCCAACGACAUCGGGACAUCCAAGAAAAUCACCAGACUGUCCAUACACUACGGUCCUUCGUUCAAGAUUCAGCCGGGGGACCAGUACGCGGACAUAGGGGACAACGUGACCCUCCGUUGCCAGGUGGACUCCAGUCCAGAGCCGACCAUCGUCUGGAUCAACCAGCAGUCGCAGACGGUAGUGGGAAAGGGUCCCGUCAUCCACAUCAUCGUGGACAAACACACUGCCGGAACUUACCUUUGCAUCGCCAAGGUGGAAGGCUUCCCGGAGAUAUCAGCCUUCUUGGGAAUCUUCUUGAAAGGACCUCCCAGGGCCAGAUGCGAGAAGGACCAGUCUGGUAAACAAGGAGAUAGAGUCAGGCUGGAAUGUCUCAUAACGGCGGCUUCUGCUCGCUCCAUGAACGUCCUGUGGACGCACCGGGGAGAGCACCUCGAUUUGGAGGAAGAUCGUUUCGAAGUCACCCAGGAGAUCACCAGCAGGGGCAUAAGGCACACACUCUUCAUUCACGACGCUGCCGCCACAGACUUCGGAGCCUAUAACUUCUCCGUCCACAACGAGUACGGGUCGGAUGGCGUGGAAGUGUUCCUCAAGGAGACGAAGACGCUGCCUGUCCUCAUGUUGGUGUGUGGCGUGCUCGGGGGAGCGUCGCUGGUGUUCCUCGUAAUUAUGAUUAUUAUGUGCGGCAAACGGUCUGCCAAGCGCCACAAAGAUUCGAAAUCGCAAGCACUGGUGGAGAAGUCGGUGGCGGUGCAAAUGAACGACCAGAACUCAUCGGCCAAUGACUCUGAUCUUAAGGUAGAUAUGGACCAGCGAACUGGAUCAUCCAUGAGCAAUAAAGAGACCGUCCUGGACUGCUGGGAGAAGGAGAUUGAUCGAGACUCUACCCAUAAUUACAUGGCCUCCAGAAACUCUUACAUCUUUCCAGACGCGUUCUCGGCUGUGCCUGUCAAGAUGAACGGGUACAUGACGGCGAACGGGGGGCUUCAGUACGACAGCUUUUCCGAACACGGCCUGACGAUGUCGCAGCAGCAGCAGCCACUCUCGAAGAAGCUGUCCCCCUCCGGGAGCUUACCUACCCCUAACACUGGCCCACUGGGUAACUGCAUCACUUCUGCAGCAGAAGGCGCAGGAGGAGGAGGAGGAAGAGGCCUCACAGGGUCUCCGCACGCCCAUCCGCAGCAUAGCAUAGUCACCCAAAACCCACAUCGGUUUUACCCGAACUACAGCGACUUCGACGCGGCGACCGGGACCCACGAAUCCACUCCCGACGGAGGCCACGGGUUCUCGCCCGGCUUCCCCAGCGGGCUGACCAAUCAGAGCUACAAGGCCUUUUCCGGCUCGAUCCCACUUUCCCUCCACGUCAACACUCGGAGCAACGGCAUCGCCGGAGGCAAUACCACGUCCACCCUACCCAGACUGGGUUUGCCCGCCGACCCCAGCCAGUACAUCGUGCCCCCGAGAAACAAGGUGAUACAAGGCGCCCUGGCCACGCACGUGUAGUCCUAGAUGAAACAAUAAUAACCUCUCGCGGCCACAAGUGUUCGUGUCAUGUUAGAAACAAUGUCAUAGUUUUAUAUAAACACGAUCUCGCCAAGGGAGAUUUGAGGGAAGCAAGUCUGGAACGCUGGAAACCUGGUAGCGAGCGACCCUCCGAAACCCCUUUGGAGAGAGGAGGGUCUUCCGUCAUCUUGCCAUGAAGAAGAAUGCGCAUGGAAUUCGAAAGACGAGUAGUGGGAGAUUUGAUGCACAAUGGAACUUUCCUAAGAGUGGCUGAGGUGGAUAUAGACGAGAUAUUAUUAAGAUGUCAUUUCUACCUGCACGUGCAGGCUUGGGAGAUGACUGUUCCUACAAUGGUGCGAUGUAGACUUAGAGUUUUGUGUCUCACAUCCAAAAGGUUUGAUUUCAUCUUCAAUUCAUCAUAUAUGUGUUUUAAGAGUUUACAGAGUGCAUUCUAGUGUUCUUUUUUAUAUAUAUAUAAAUUUCAGACGUCUCAAGUUCAAGCGUCACAGUACUUAAUUCAACCUAGCAUAAGGGUUAAUUAAGUACUUUCCCCUGAAUCACUGGAUCCCAGGAGCCGAAUCAUCAACGUCGAUCUGAAAUGAAAUAUGGGAAAUACAAAUGCCCCUGGCAGUCAAUUUGGCUCAAAAGUGAACAAUCACAAAACGGUUAUUAAUUGUUUUUUACGUCGCUCGGUUUGAACAUACACGUGAAAUUGCAGUGUGUUACAAGGUCCAUGCAAUGCGAGGAAACUGCAAACAUGUUUGGUUGUUCUUUAAAUAAUUAAAAAAAAAUGUUUACUAUUCCUCAAAUCUACUUUGUACUUCUUCAUGCCAAUUCACUUCCCGAAACCUUUGUAUUUUUACGAAAUCAACAUCACGAGAUACUGACUGAGAGUAAUACUCCUACUACAUAUUACUGAUCAAUAUAUUAAAAACCUACAGGAAAUGGUUGAUCACCACAUUGAAAAAUAUUUCCCCAGUACCAUUACUCUGGCUGUAAAUACAUCUUGAAAAAUAAGAGGUGUUUUAGGAACAUGACGUAAUAUAUUUGUUAAAGGCUUUAAAAGGUUUUAUAGUUUAAUGUUUCGAGUUUUUUCUACGAAAAAAAAUAAACUAGAACUUAGGUAAGACGCGAAGUGUGUGGACUGGAAGCAACGGUCUGACAAAGUCAGUCGAUAAUUGGGUUUAUUACUUAACCUUUAAAUUAAAAAAAAAAAAAAAAAAUCCUUAUUUGCCUCCCUAGGAUUCUGACCUUCGUUUGAAAAAGAUUAAACGCGUUUUAGUCCACAAUAUUUUGGGAAGGUUCUUUACAGAGCGAGGUAACGAGUGAAAGCUAUGCACUUGCAAGUUUAUUCACGGAAAGCGAUUUGCAGAUUCAACAGCAUAUAAGCGAAUAUUACUCUUUUAACACGAACGGUUAAAUCAUUCUACUCUGAUGGAGUAUUCGUUUUAUAAAUAAUUUCAGAUAAAUAAUUCUACUAAACUAUCUCGUUCCUCUCGGUGAUAUAUAAACGAAUAUAUCCAACAGCGUUAUUACUAAAAAAAUAAAAUGUUUAGGACAGAAAUGUUCGAAUGAUAAAAUGCCAGUUUGAUUAAGCAUAUUUUUUUCCGAAAUCGUAAAAAUCAAAAUGCAUGCUCUAAUUAGUCGAGUUUAUGAAGUGUUAACGGGAAAAAACUGAUUAGUCUCCGAUAUUUCACACCUGAAAAGGUUUAUUGAGCAGUUGCAAUGUGUUAUGAUUUUCAUUUAAUUCUGGAGAGAGUAUUUCAAAAGGGAACAGUGAUUCUUCCGUAGUUUUAGUUUGCAUUAAGACACAGACACAUACCUACUCAAGUAUAUACAUAAUACACACAUAGAC